ACAAUGACCACUGAGUUGCCGAGUGAGGAAAAGGUCUCCAUGGAGAACUUCGCCUUACUACGGGUGCUUGGCAAGGGCGCCUAUGGAAAAGUUUUUCUUGUACGAAAAAUCGGAGGCAGGGACCAUGGUCAGAUUUAUGCGAUGAAAGUGCUUAGAAAAAUAAGGGUCCUAUCUAAACCUAAGACGUUGGAACAUACCUUGGCAGAGCGUCAAGUUUUGGAGCGAUUGCGAGGCGUACCAUUUUUUGUCAAUCUUUAUUACGCUUUUCAAACUGAUACAAAGCUACAUAUCGUCAUGGAAUACGUUCGAGGUGGUGAACUAUUUACACAUUUAUGUAGCCAUGGUUCUUUUGAUGUGAAGAGCGCCAAGUUUAUUAUAGCCGAGUUGAUAGUAGCGAUUGAUAGCCUUCACAAGCGCAAGGUCAUCUAUCGUGAUUUGAAACUGGAGAACAUCUUGCUGGACGAAGAUGGGCAUGUGAAAUUAACUGAUUUUGGCCUUAGUAAACUCUUGGUUCCUGAAGAGCUUGAACGGGCGAAUUCCUAUUGUGGAACUAUCGAAUACAUGUCACCCGAAGUGAUUAAUCGGCCCGAAGGAGGCUAUUCGGACGUUGUCGAUUGGUGGUCUAUGGGUGUGAUUUCGUUCGAGCUUCUGACCGGUUGCAGUCCUUUCACUGUUGAUGGUGCAGCAAAUUCUAGCAAAGAAAUUGCCAAAACUGGACAGUUCUCGUAUUCUAAAGUCAUUAUUAAAUAUGGAUCCUCUCGCACGAGAUUUCAUUGGAUCCUAGCAUGUUUCAGCCACAAAUUUCUUCAAGAUAUUGAUUGGAACAUGGUAGCUAACCGACAAUUGAAACCUUUUAUUGUGCCAAACGUUACCCAUGAGCUUGAUGUUCAAAAUUUUGCAAAAGAAUUUACUAACCAGCAGCCACUGUACUCUCCGGCUGAGUCUCCAGUAAACGGCAACACUCUUUUCAGGGGGUACUCCUACAUCUCACCAUCGGUGAUUUUUUCGAACAACAAUGUCAUUGGAGAGGAGCUAAUGCAAGAAGAUAUUCAGGCACUGUUAGCUAAUUCAUCUUUUUUCGGAAAAUAUAAACUGGACACCACUGAGAAGGGCUUUCUUGGCAGAGGAUCAUUUUCUGUGGUGAGGCGUUGUGAGCGUAUAGAGGACGGUGCUGUUUUUGCUGUAAAAAUUGUGUCUCAACGGUUCGCAACUCAAGCUCAGCGGGAGUCCAGAAUCUUGGAGAUUGUUAAAGGUCACGUAAAUAUAGUACGACUGUUUGAUGUGCACUCGGAUCCUUUGCACUACUAUAUUGUUAUGGAAUUGCUCACAGGGCAAGAGCUAUUGGCACGAUUAAGGAAGCUUGAGAAAUUCACGGAGGCUGAAGCUGCAAACAUCAUGCGCCAACUGGUGUCAGCCGUAGGUUAUUUACACGCCAAGCGGAUUGUUCAUCGAGAUUUGAAGCCUGAGGUUCGUUUGCAACGAAGCUACCUCAACGAUAUAUUUGGUAUUGAUGCAAUGCAUCAUCUAUCCUACUGCUAUCCAGAGAGUUAUAGAUUUGUUCACAAUAAAUCUAGGUUGCUUACCAUUCAUUUCACUGGCCACUGCUACCGUAGGUUAAUUGGAAUUCUGUGUAAAUGUGAAGGUGCAAAUGUCUCGUCUUUCCAUGUCGUGAACGUUGCUUUUCAUUAG